AUGGUGACUUUAAAAAUCAUGACCAUCUGUUGCUACUCCCCAUUGCACUUGUUCCUGACAAUCCCUGGACUCCUCAGUCAUCCAAGUAAAAGUAGUGCUGGUCAGACAAGCUCCCAUCUGGGCAGGCGUUCUGCUGUCGGUGCCGGUCACAAGGGCUUGGAAUGCCAUGAAGCAUUUGCCAUCAGGGCAGAUGUCAGAAAGGUCUGCGCAGAUGUUGUUGCCCUUGAGCCAACUGAGAGGUUCAGACUUUUCGCCAGCGGUGAAUCGAGGGCAGCUGUCAUCUUUGACCUUGAUUUGGCCACCGUAUUGAGCUGCAGUGAGGCCGAGGAAGAGGAGGGCGAGCGCGAAAACUGGCUUCCUGAUUUGAGGUUGAAGUUUGCAUGA